UAUGGCUUCUUUCAAUACUUUUGUAAUAAUCUCAAAAAGAAAUUUAAAAAAAUCUAUUCUUUAAAGCUUAAUUUCUCCUAAGACUAAAUUUAAAGCAAAAAAAAUUGAAACUUUAUAGUAACUACUAAAUUCCAAAUUCUAUGAUUAAUUAAUUUGAAAUAUACUCAAGGAUUUUCCAUUUCCAUAUUCGCAAUGCUAGGUUUAAAAGUGCUCGCUUUGUCGCCAGUUACUAAAAAGCUGACUUCAACGAAACUAUCAGUAUUCUACGUUCAACGCCUCACUUCCACCGAUACAACUGAGUUCAUACCGGGCUGUCGUCCAAUACCGUCUAACAAGAAAUCGGAUAAACAUCCUGCGCGUGAACAUUGCAAAUUUAUUGAGCCGCGCUGCGCCGAAGAGAAGAUGAAGCAUGUCAUUUGUAAGAAGCGUGAAUUCCCAUCACACUUCAAUGUGGAGGAAUGCUGUCCGCCCUGCAGGGAUGUUUUGCCGCGCUUCGACGAUCUCUACUACAAACCCUCAGAUAAAGAGAAACGCAAAUACCAGCAAACCUGGUCCGAGUGUCCGCGCCUGUAUAUUUUGCCGCGUAAAAUAUGCUGCACUGAGCAUUUCGAUGUACCGAAAAUGGAGAAACGCACAUUCACACGAGACGACGAUCAAUUCAAUAAUUACAACGUCAAAACUUGUAGAAACAAUUCACAAUCGCGUUGCGCCAAAAUCACGUGGCCCGGUUGCCGGAAGGGCCGAGAACCGUCCAGGUGUUUUGUCAUUAAACAAAGCAGCGGCUGCCUGAAGAUAUGCACACCCUAUCCGAGUUAUUCCGAGUGCAAGAAACCGAAACCGAAAUCCUUGCGACCGGUCGAGUGCACUUGUCUUAGACCUGGACCGUGUAUCCAUAUGGCUUUGGGUUGAAUUCACAAUUAAGCUAUGUGUGUCUAUGAUUAUGUGGGAUUUAUAUGGAAGCUUCUUUGUGAAGCAGCGUCACAUUUGACUUGAGAUCAAAGCAACUGAGUGCCAUCAAUCUUGCAUAUCAUUCAAUGUAUGGGACGAAAUCUACAUUGAAGGUAUGCUGGAUUGAAAGUGCUUAUUUGCUUUCGAUUGUAGUUUAAAAGCUGGUAUGCUUUUCGUUGAUUUCGGCUACUAUAGGCUGAGCUAUUGUAAAAAUCGGACUUGCUGACAAAAUAAAUUUUUCGUUUUUAGUAUCA